GUAGGACUUAAAAUUGCUGAAGACUUCCCAGGAUUAGUGUUGAAUUGCUGAUGAUCGGCACUCCUCGCCUUCCUCCAUCAACUCCCAAGAAUCUGGAGGGUGGCAGGGUGAGGGAAAGAGUUAGAUUUCAACUUGGAGCUGGGGCUUGGAAAAUCAGGUUGAAGUUAAAAACAAAAAAAGUGAGGGUUUGGGAGCUGCCUAGUGUAUAUUAUAUGCACUUUAAAGUUGGUCUUUUACCGCCUCCUCCCCUUUCUGGAGGGGGUGCGAGAAGUGGGAGGACCUGGGUCUGGCGUCCACUGGAGAGAGGGUGGUGCUUCUUGGCCGAGGGUUUCUACAGGUUCUGUAGCCAAACGGUGGUAGAGUUGAAGUCUCUGAUGGCUGUUCUCCUAGUCCCUAAGAGUUGAACUGGAGAGCCUUUUACUUUGCUCCAGGUUGAGACCGUGAUCAGUCCUUUAAAGCAGGGACCUCUUUCUAAUGGGAGUCUGGCAGGGAAUCGCAGGGUAGGCUCUACUUCCGAAGAUAAAAUGCAUGGUUCCAGCUGUGUGAGACACCAACCGGCUGUUUGAAAAGAGGAAGAGGUGACCAGGGUUACAAAUUAACCCUAGGAUUGCCCACAAAUAUUCUAGCGAGUCAAAUGUAUAUAAGCAAGGAAGAAAGCACCAGCAUAUAAAACUGUCACAGCAGCGUGGAAGACAGAUGAUUCAGAUUCGGGGGACUUUUCCUUUUAUGUGCUAUUUAGAUUUGUUUGCCAUCAUGCAGUUAAGCAGGUGUUGAGGGAAAGCUAAGAGAAUGAAGGCUCUAAAUCCCCAGUGGAAGCAUGAUAUGGCGGAGCAGAGCUGGUGCUGAAUUGUUCUCUCUGAUGGCUCUAUGGGAGUGGAUAGCACUGAGUCUUCAUUGCUGGGUUUUAGCAGUUGCUGCUGUUUCGGAUCAGCAUGCCACAAGCCCCUUCGACUGGCUCCUCUCUGAUAAGGGACCCUUCCAUCGCUCACAGGAAUACACAGAUUUUGUGGACAGAAGCCGGCAGGGAUUUAGCACAAGAUACAAGAUAUACAGGGAGUUUGGCCGCUGGAAAGUAAAUAAUCUUGCAGUUGAAAGAAGAAAUUUCCUUGGCUCCCCUCUGCCUCUUGCCCCUGAAUUCUUCCGCAACAUAAGACUUUUGGGACGGCGACCUACCCUUCAGCAAAUCACAGAAAACCUUAUCAAGAAAUAUGGAACUCAUUUCUUGCUAUCUGCUACUCUGGGAGGAGAGGAGUCACUCACCAUUUUUGUGGACAAGCGGAAGCUGAGCAAGCGAUCAGAAGGAAGCGAUACCAGCACCAACAGCUCUUCUGUCACCCUGGAGACCCUCCAUCAACUUGCUGCUUCCUACUUCAUUGACAGGGACAGCACUCUUCGGAGACUUCACCACAUUCAAAUUGCAUCCACUGCCAUAAAGGUAACAGAAACACGGACGGGUCCUCUUGGCUGCAGUAAUUAUGACAACCUAGAUUCUGUGAGUUCUGUUCUGGUUCAAAGUCCUGAGAAUAAGAUUCAAUUGCAAGGGCUUCAAGUACUCCUUCCAGACUAUCUUCAGGAACGUUUUGUACAAGCAGCUUUGAGCUACAUUGCUUGCAAUUCAGAGGGAGAAUUUAUCUGCAAGGAUAAUGACUGCUGGUGUCAGUGUGGUCCCAAAUUUCCAGAAUGUAACUGCCCUUCUAUGGACAUCCAAGCCAUGGAAGAGAAUCUUCUUCGAAUAACUGAAACCUGGAAAGCCUACAACAGUGACUUUGAGGAAUCAGAUGAAUUCAAGUUAUUCAUGAAAAGGCUACCCAUGAAUUAUUUCCUCAACACAUCAACUAUAAUGCAUUUGUGGACAAUGGAUUCUAAUUUUCAGCGCCGCUAUGAGCAACUGGAGAACAGCAUGAAACAACUUUUCCUCAAGGCACAGAAAAUUGUACACAAGCUCUUUAGCCUUAGCAAGAGGUGUCAUAAACAACCCCUCAUCAGCCUGCCGAGACAAAGAACCUCAACCUACUGGCUUACUCGCAUCCAGUCUUUUCUCUACUGCAAUGAGAACGGCCUCCUGGGCAGCUUUUCAGAAGAGACGCACUCCUGCACAUGUCCAAACGACCAGGUUGUCUGCACUUCAUUCCUGCCCUGCACUGUGGGCGACGCCUCCGCCUGCCUGACCUGUGCACCUGACAACCGCACCCGCUGUGGCACCUGCAAUACUGGUUACAUGCUGAGCCAGGGGCUCUGCAAGCCUGAAGUUGCAGAGUCUACGGAUCACUAUAUUGGCUUUGAGACUGACCUGCAAGACCUUGAGAUGAAAUACUUGUUGCAAAAGACAGACAGACGAAUAGAAGUCCAUGCCAUUUUUAUCAGCAAUGACAUGCGCCUCAACAGCUGGUUUGACCCCUCCUGGCGGAAACGGAUGCUCCUUACCUUGAAGAGUAACAAAUACAAGUCAAGCCUGGUCCACAUGAUCUUGGGUCUCUCUUUACAGAUUUGCCUAACUAAAAACAGCACCUUGGAGCCAGUGUUGGCUGUUUACAUCAAUCCUUUUGGAGGCAGCCACUCAGAGAGCUGGUUUAUGCCUGUGAAUGAAAACAGCUUUCCAGACUGGGAGCGGACUAAGUUGGACCUCCCUCUGCAGUGUUAUAACUGGACACUGACUCUGGGGAACAAAUGGAAGACAUUUUUUGAGACAGUACACAUCUACCUGAGGAGUCGCAUCAAGUCAAAUGGCCCCAAUGGCAAUGAGAGCAUUUACUACGAACCUUUGGAGUUCAUUGAUCCUUCCCGGAACCUGGGCUACAUGAAAAUCAACAACAUCCAAGUGUUUGGCUACAGCAUGCACUUCGACCCUGAAGCAAUUCGGGACCUGAUUUUGCAGCUGGACUACCCCUAUACUCAGGGAUCCCAGGACUCAGCACUUUUGCAACUACUAGAGAUAAGAGACCGUGUAAAUAAACUCUCCCCACCUGGUCAGCGUCGUCUAGAUCUUUUCUCUUGCUUGCUUCGUCAUAGACUCAAGCUGUCUACUAGUGAGGUGGUGAGGAUCCAAUCUGCUCUGCAGGCGUUUAAUGCCAAAUUGCCAAACACAAUGGAUUAUGACACGACCAAAUUAUGUAGUUAACCAUAAAUGUCAAGCACAACCCAAAAUCUUGAAGGAGUUUUUACAGUGCUUUUGUGGAACAGUUUAUGUUUGGAAGAGUAAAUUUAAAUUGUCUUUUCAAUAUCUGUCUUAUAUCAGUCAAUAACAUUGGAUGGCAAUUUACACACAUGAACUUGCUGACAAUGAAUAUAUUAUACUGCAGUUUUGGUUUAUGAAUGAAAUAAAUACUGACCAGUCUAGAAGACAUUCUACUUUUUACAAUAAAUUUCAUUUGUAAUUUUAUAUGUUCCGUGGCAAUGCUUUUGUGCAUUACAUCCUCUAGAGGGAACAUAAAAAGACACCAAUAAAAUUUUGUAGCUGAGCAGUUAUUAAAAAGAAGUGCUGUGGGAUUCCUUUUUUCCAUGAAAUGAGUUCUAUUUUGAUAUAGUUUGUUAGAAUCUGGGGAGAAUUCACCAAGAUUUUUUAAUGGAAACAUUUGAAGGUCCCUUGCAAUUAACUUUAUGGAAAACCCAACUCGGUAGAAUGCUUAGUAUUCAGUUGUUAUUUUAUGGGUCAUAGCAUAAUGGCAGUGAUAUGUUUACUACCUGUGUUGAGAAACCACUCCUAGAGACACCAUUAUUAUCAAAAUAGUCAAAUAAACUAAUUCCCAAGCAAAUAUCAAACCAUUUAAGCAAACAUAGAGGAAAAGCAGUGUGAUUCUAAGACACAUCACGGAGAAAGUAAACCCUUAAUUUCCUUAGCAACUUGCUUUAUCGUUUUUUCUUUAUAUUCUUAUAAACAAUAAUCAGCAUACUCUGCACAAUCAUUUUCAUUUCAAGUACUGAAAAGCUACUUUCCAGCACUUUACCAACAUCAAUAAAAUAGCAUUUCUAGAAUUCUCAAAUUGUAAUGUAACGGUGUAAAAUAAAUGCUCAAAUAACUAGUUCAAAUGUAAAUAGACAAUUUUUUUUUCCUCACAGAAAAGCUACUGUUACAAAAAGAUACUUUGAGAAGAAAACCCAUUCAUUAGAAAAUGAAUUUUAAUUCAUAUUUUUGGUCUGAAAGUUACAAUGAGUUUUUAUAUUAUUUGCAAUGUAAUGUUUGAUAUAUAAUUCUUUUGUUUUAUAGAGUUAAAUUUAAUUUUUUUCUUAGGUACAUGGCUGCUUCAGUAAAAUAUGUUUAUGCCACUUAUCACUCAGUUCUUUCUAGAUAAUUUAUAAAUGUGUUCUUAUUUAACAAAUGCACUGUCUAGGCCAGCUUUCUGGUUCAUGUCAUGAAGGCAUUUCUAAGGGCACAAAAGGAACUCAUGACAUGGAUGAAAAAAGAAAUGACUACUAAUAAAAAUGCCACAGACCUUCUGGAUUCUUGUGCUAUU